UCGUUACAAUUGCCAUUCGCAACCAUUCGAGCGCUAAUCUUGGCACUGCGAACAACUAGAAAAAAAAUAGCAAACGUAAUUCGUAGUAAGCGAAAAUAUGUCUUUGUUACCAUUUUUCUUCGGUGAUCGUAUCAACUGCUCACGUUCAUCACGCAUCCUGGAUCAACACUUUGGAGUACCAUUGCAAAUAGACGACCUAUAUCAGACGGCCAUCCCCGAAGAGUUCAGGACGAUGAUGCGUUUUCCCGGAUACUUCAGACCGUGGAGGACGACUGCUGCCAACAUCGAUAAUGGAUCGACCAUCAGUUUGGAGAAGGAUAUGUUCCAGGUGAAUCUAGACGUAAAGCAGUUCAAGCCGGAAGAGAUCACGGUGAAAGUGACCGGAAACAACGAGAUUACGAUCGAGGGAAAGCAUGAGGAGCAGCAGGACGAACACGGAUUCAUCUCAAGGCAUUUCGUGAGGAAGUACAUCGUUCCACAAGGCUGCAACAUCGAGGGUGUCGUUUCGCAACUUUCUUCCGAUGGAGUGUUAUCCAUAAGCGCUCCGCGUCAAGAAACGACUUCCAUCGAGCAUAAAGUGAUUCCCAUCACUCAGACCGGAAAGCCUACAGUGAAACUCGAGGAACAGAAGAACUGAUACAGUAUCCACCGCAUCCACUUUCGUACUUUUGUAUCGUCUUUCCUAGAUCUUAGCUUUAAGCAACUAGUAUUAAAAUAGUAGUUACUGUUCAUUUUAUUAAUAACAAACACUCAAACUAUUCAUGUU